AUGGACAUUGAUAUUGUCAUAAAUAUCUACAACGCGAGCGGGAAUGGCACAUAUUGGAUUGGUUUGCUUAAAGACAUCAAUGGCAUUUUCAAAUGGCAAAGCGGUGAAUCUUUGAAUUAUACCAACUGGAAUAAAGGAGAGCCGGAACCACGAAUAGGAUGUGUGAUUGCCAGUAUUAUGGAAUGUAAUGGGAAAUGGUUAAUAAUCAAUUGCAAUGAAAUGUUGUAUCCAGAUCAGGGAUUCGUUUGUGAGAAGGAUAUCCGUAGGAGCUGA